AUAGGUUUUACAAUCUAGAUAUAUAUUAUUCUUAGUCAUUGGCAUAUUACUUUUUAAUGUGUUUGCUUCUUAAAGGAAAUCCAUUGAUGGGUAGUCAUCCCCAAAAUGAGACUGUGUUUACAACGGAGGUUGGUUCAAACAUAUAUUUGAAGCCAAACAGGCCGGCACUUGUUGUAAGCAGUACGAGCUGGACUCCCGAUGAAGAUUUUGGCAUUCUCUUGGAAGCUGCUGUAAUGUAUGACAGACGUGUUGCUGCUAUAUUAGGUGAAGAUGAUUCAUUAGACGAGGAGGUCAUCUGGAAAGAAAUAUCCGAUGGAAAACAAUGUUUAUAUCCCAGAUUGUUAUUCAUCAUUACUGGUAAAGGUCCUGAAAAAGAAAAGUACGAGGCAAAAAUAAAGAGAUUGAAACUUAAACGUGUGGCAUUUCGUACCAUGUGGCUAUCUGCUGAAGAUUAUCCAUUAUUGCUAGGAUCGGCUGAUCUAGGAGUUUGUUUGCAUACUUCAUCAUCGGGAUUAGACCUUCCCAUGAAGGUAUCCAUUGUUAUAUGUCAAUGUACAAACAAAGAUACGCUAUUAGCAAUUUUUUUUACAUUGUUAUUUUGAUAACCUUCCUAUGUGUAAUCUUUUGUAUCAUUUAGCCACAUUGCACCCAUAAGCUUCUUAGCCAUGAAACUGUAAUAAAUAUCAUGUUGCUUACGUUGGUAUUCCUAUGUUAUAAAACUUUUGAAAUUC